AUCUGCAUUUGGAUUCGCUGCUACAAGAGCAUACAGUAAACCUGUCAAAGCCACUGUCUAGUGAAAUCUUUCCCGAUCACUAUGUGAUGAAUUUAAAAACGUGGGAUUUGCGCGCUGUAGGCUACGUCUGAUCCCAGCCCACGUGUUGGGGAGCCGUUGAGUGAGUGAAGUGUCAGCUUUGACAAGUUGCCAACACAAGGAUAUGGAGAAUCUACUGCCCUACCUGUCAAAAAGCCAUCACCAGGGAUGGAUGAGGGUCAUUGACAUGAAGAGCUCGUCAGUCCACUGGAUUUCAUGUGGUCAGCCCUUCAAUGAGCCAAUCACAUGGAAGCUGAAGUUCUGCAUCGCCACAGCCUUCCAACUGGUCAUGCUGGACCAAGAUGAGCUCCACCCACUGCUACAGCAGGAGCGGCGUGCAGAGUCCUGCACCGUGUGGCUACUACACCGCACCCACCACACCCACCGCACCCGGAGCAUCCCAGAGGGGGAGCAGACGCCCCCGGCCCAGCACAACCAGAACCAGCACCUGAACCAGCACCAGAACCAGCACCAGAACCAGAACCAGCACCUGAACCAGCAGAGCACCCCCGAGCCGCCCCCUGAGCGUGUGUGUCGGAGGCGGAGCAUGCCAGGCAGCACUACAGAGAAGACCACGCCCCUGGAGGCCGGAGUCUCCACCCCCUUUAGGGUCACGGGUUUCCUGAGCCGCAGGCUGAAGGGCUCCAUUAAGCGCACUAAGAGCCAACCCAAACUGGACCGCCACAGCAGCUUCAGACACAUCCUGCCCGCCUUCAAGACCGGGGAGAAUGACCCUAGAUCCCAUCUGAUGCCGAGGUUGAAGGAGUCUCGCUCCCACGAGUCGUUGCUGAGCCCCAGUAGUGCAGUCGAAGCUCUGGACCUCAGCAUGGAGGACGAGGUGCUCAUCAAACCUGUGCACAGCAGCAUCCUGGGACAGGACUACUGCUUUGAGGUGACCACAUCAACAGGAAGCAAAUGUUUCUCCUGCCGCUCUGCAGCGGAGAGGGACAAAUGGAUGGAGAACCUACGGCGAGCCGUGCAUCCUAACAAAGACAACAGUCGUCGUGUGGAGAACCUGCUGAAACUGUGGAUUAUUGAAGCUAAAGACCUGCCCGCUAAAAAGAAAUACUUCUGCGAGCUCUGUCUGGAUGACACACUUUACGCGCGGACUACCUGCAAACUCAAAACGGACAAUGUCUUCUGGGGGGAGCACUUUGAGUUCAACAACCUUCCUGCCGUCAAGAGCAUCACAGUGCACCUCUACAAGGAGACGGACAAGAAGAAAAAGAAGGACAAGAACAACUAUGUGGGCCUGGUGAACAUCCCCAUAGGGGCAGUCACUGGGAGGCAGUUCAUGGAGAAGUGGUAUACCGUCAGCACCCCGAACCCCAACAAGGGCAAGGCGCCGGGCCCGAUGAUCCGCAUGAAGUCGCGGCACCAGAGCAUGUGCAUCCUGCCCAUGGAACAGUACAAGGAGUUUGCCGAGUACAUCACAAACAACUACCUGCUGCUGUGCUCCUUGUUGGAACCGGCCCUCAGCGUCAAGAACAAGGAGGAGAUGGCCUGCGCCCUCGUACACAUCCUGCAGAGCACAGGCAAGGCCAAGGACUUCCUGACGGAUCUGAUGAUGUCAGAGGUGGACAGGUGCGGCGACAACGAACACCUGAUCUUCAGAGAGAACACACUGGCAACCAAAGCCAUCGAGGAGUACCUCAAACUAGUGGGACAGAAAUACCUACAGGAUGCACUGGGUGAGUUCAUCAAGGCGCUGUACGAGUCGGAUGAGAACUGUGAGGUGGACGCCUCCAAGUGCUCCAGCUCCGACCUGCCUGAGCACCAGAGCAAUCUGAAGAUGUGCUGCGAGCUCGCCUUCUGCAAGAUCAUCAACUCCUACUGUGUGUUUCCACGUGAGCUGAAGGAGGUGUUUGGCGCCAUGAAGGCCAGGAGGCGUAACCGGGGCGACCGGACAUCAGCGAAGCGCCUGAUCAGCUUAAACCGCUUCCUGCGCUUCCUGUGUCCGGCCGUCAUGUCACCGUCACUCUUCAACCUGACGCAGGAGUACCCCGACGACCGCACCGCCCGCACUCUCACGCUCAUCGCCAAGGUUACGCAGAACCUGGCCAACUUCACCAAGUUUGGCAGUAAGGAGGAGUACAUGUCCUUCAUGAACCAGUUCCUGGAGCACGAGUGGAGCAACAUGCAGCGCUUCCUGCUGGAGAUCUCCAACCCGGAGACCAUCUCCAACACGGCCGGCUUCGAGGGCUACAUUGACCUGGGCCGAGAGCUGUCCACCCUGCACUCACUGCUCGCAGAGGCUGUGGCUCAGCUGGACCAGAGCACCGCCUCCAAACUUGGUCCAUUGGCGAGGAUUCUGCGUGAUGUCAACGCAGCACUGGCCAAUCCCUGUGGAGCUCCUCUGGCCACACCCACUGAGAGGGUGGGGUCACCCAGUCUGCCCUCCUGCAGCCUCUCAACAGGCCUGCAGAAACUGGCCAUGGACGGAGAGCUGACCGGGCUGGUGGACUUCACCCGGUUACCGUCUCCGGCCCGGAACAGAGCUGUACUGGCCCGUGGCCAGCGGCGGCUCGAUGAGUGGCAUCCAUCGCCCGCCCGCAGCUCCAGCUACUCCAUAGUGCUUUGGUAAGCCACUGGGCCGGCGUCCGGCGCCCUGCCCAACGGGACGCGCAGCCUCUCCCUGCUGGACCUGCAGGACACAGGCGGGCACAGCGGGCACAGCCUGGAGAGCGGGCCGAGUCUGGAGCUGCCGCCGGACGCUCAGUCUCCCACGGGGCUCUCGGGCGUCUGGGCCGGACACACACACACACACACACACACAGCAGGCCCCACGCUGCGGAGGGGUGGACCGCAGACCCCCACCACGCCGUGUGAGGGGAGCGGCAGCAGCCCGGUGCGGGCGGCAGUGGUGUUGCCCAGACGCACGCUGAGCUUCCAGAACCCCGUGUACCAGAUGGCGGCCGGGCUGCCGGUGUCCCCGCGCGGCGGUCAGGCGGACUCGGGCUCCGAGGGCCACAGCUCGGUCAGCUCGCAGGGGAACCCCGACGACACGCCCAACAACGCCCCCAAACACGGCUUCCUGCCCGACGACACGCCCAACGCCCCCAAACACGGCUUCCUGCCGCCGGGGGGAGGAGUCAGUGGGGGGGAGGAGUUUGGCGCUCGGCGCUCGGGGAGUUCUGCCUUGAGCGUAGCAGCUGUCCCUCGCAGGCAGCAGCAGCAGCAGCAGCAGCAGGGCGCGGUGGGGCCGGUACCGGGCAGCGUGCCGCGCCAGAACAGCGCCGGACCCCAGCGCCGCAUCGACCAGCCGCCGCCCGUCACCGUCACCAGGGGGCGCACUCCGCCCACCGUGCUCGCUAGCGCCCCCUACCCUCGGCCCUCCAGUGGCAGCAUGAUGUCCUCGUCCUCCCCAGACUGGCCCAUGAAGCAAAACUCCGGCAGCAGUGCGUCCUCGCGCCGAGGAGGACAGCCAGAACAACAGCGCGCACUGCACAAGCAGGCUCCGUCUCCGGUGAACCCCAACGCUCUUGACCGCACGGCUGCCUGGCUGCUGAAUAUGAACGUGCAGUAUCUGGACCAGGACGGAGCCGACGGGGACUUCAAGAGCAAAGAUGAGCUCACACAGACAGAAAAGUACCAGCAGGAGGUGGCGUUGCUGCAGGAGCGUCUGCGUGCGUCUGCGCUGAAGCUGGAGGAGUAUGAGCUGCGGCUGGCCAAUCAGGACGAGCAGACGCACAAGAUGCUGCUGGAGUACCAGUCUCGCCUGGAGGACACCGAGGACCGCCUGCGGCGUCAGCAGGACGACAAGGAGCUGCAGAUGAAGAGCAUCAUCACCAGGCUGAUGUCAGUGGAGGAGGAGCUGAAGAAAGAUCACUCUGACAUGCAGGCCAUCGUGGACUCCAAGCAGAAGGUCAUCGAGGCCCAGGAGAAGAGGAUAGCGUCUCUGGACGCGGCUAAUGCGCGGCUCAUGAGUGCCCUGACGCAGCUGAAGGAGCGCUACAGCAUGCAGACCCGCAACGGCAUCAGCCCCACCAACCCCAGCAAGCUGCAGAUCACCGAGAACGGGGAGUUCAGAAACAGCUCCAACUGUUAACCUACACACACACCAUCACACACACACACACACACACACACACACACACACACACACACACACACACACACACACA